AUGGAGGCUGGCUGCUCAGUGGGUGUCACUCUGCUCUGUGGCUUCGCCCUGGAACAGCUUACCCUGCAGCCGACCCUAGUGAGGCUGGGCCUGGAGCAACACACAUGUCGGCCUCAUGCUCUUCCAGUAUACUAUAGUAUUAUGGCUAAUAUACACUCAGUGGCCAGUUUAUUCACAAAUGGUUUGCUACUACAGACAAUACCGUGGCCGUAGCUUGCUAUAUAAGCAGGCAGACAGGCAUCGAGGCCUUCAGUUACUGUUCGAUUGAACGUUAGUGCAAGCUAACAGGCCGGCCACUGGACAAUUGAGGAGUGGAAAAACAUUGCCUGGUCCGACAAAUCCCGGUUCCUGUUGUGUCAUGCUGAUGGCAGUCAAGAUUUGACGUAAGCAGCAUGAGUCCAUGGCCCCAUCCUGCCUGGUGUCAAUGGUACAGGCUGGUGGUGUAAUGGUGUGGGGAAUGUGUUCCUGGCACACGUUAGGCCCCUUGAUAGUUGAGCAACGUUUGAAAGCCACAGCAUAUCUGAACAUAUCUGAACUGACCAGGUACAUCCCUUCAUUGGGCUCCCAAGUGGCGCAGCGGUCUAAGGCACUAAAUCUCAGUGCUUGAGGCGUCACUACAGACCCCCUGGUUCGAUUCCAGGCUGUAUCACAACCGGCCGUGAUUGGGAGUCCCAUAAGGCGACGCACAAUUGGCCCAGCGUCAUCCGGGUUUGGCCGGUGUAGGCCGUCAUUGUAAAUAAGAAUUUGUUCUUAACUGACUUGCCUAGUUAAAUAAAGGUAAAAAAAAAAAAAAAAAAAAAUAAUUGCUACAGGGGGGUCUGACCCGGUACUAGAUGAGUGUAUCUAAUAAACUGGCCACUGAAUGUGUAUGACUAGAGCACAAUAAUAAUAAAGUAUAUAACCACAAUUAAACCCCGGUGGUUCGAGCCCUGAAUGCUGAUUGGCUGAAAGCCGUGGUAUAUCAGACCGUAUACCAUGGGUAUGACAAAAAAUUACUUUUUACUGCUCUAAUUACGUUGGUAACCAGUUUAUAAUAUCAAUAAGGCAACUCGGGGGUUUGUGGUAUAUGGCCAAUAUACCACGGCUAAGGGCUGUUCUUAGGCACGACCGAAAUGUGCCUCAGAACAGCCCUUAGCCGUGGGCCUUAUUGCUUAAUGAGACCUCACCUUUGGUGGUCUCGGCCAGUCAGUCAUGUUACACAACUUCCAAAGCCCGCCUUGCCAAGCGAACACACUGCCACCUGGUGAUGCAACCUUGCCAAUGCAGACACCUGUCUGGGCUGAGGGGGCACCUGGCACCUGUCUUCCCCAGACACUACAAAUGUGGCACGGGAUGGUCGUUUGGGCCAUGGGUGUGCUUGUGAUUCUGCCUGGCUGGCUGGCCAACAUUGACCAGGUUCCUCUAGGCAACAUUUUUACAUUUACAUUUUAGUCAUUUAGCAGACGCUCUUAUCCAGAGCGACUUACAGGAGCAAUUAGGGUUAAGUGCCUUGCUCAAGGGCACAUUUACGUCAUUUAGCAGACGCUCUUAACCAGAGCGACUUAAAAAUUGGUGCAUUCACCCUAUAGCCAGUGGGAUAACCACUUUACACUUUUUUUUGGGGGGGGGGGGGGGGGUAGAAGGAUUACUUUAUCCUAUCCCAGGUAUUCCUUAAAGAGGUGGGGUUUCAAAUGUCUCCGGAAGGUGGUGAGUGACUCCGCUGUCCUGGCGUCGUGAGGGAGCUUGUUCCACCAUUGGGGUGCCAGAGCAGCGAACAGUUUUGACUGGGCUGAGCGGGAACUAUGCUUCCGCAGAGGAAGGGGAGCCAGCAGGCCAGAGGUGGAUGAACGCAAUGCCCUCGUUUGGGUGUAGGGACUGAUCAGAGCCCGAAGGUACAGAGGUGCCGUUCCCCUCACUGCUCCAUAGGCAAGCACCAUGGUCUUGUAACGGAUGCGAGCUUCAACUGGAAGCCAGUGGAGUGUGCGGAGGAGGGGGGUGACGUGAGAGAACUUGGGAAGGUUGAACACCAGACGGGCUGCGGCAUUCUGGAUGAGUUGUAGGGGUUUAAUGGCACAGGCAGGGAGGCCAGCCAACAGCGAGUUGCAGUAAUCCAGACGGGAGAUGACAAGUGCCUGGAUUAGGACCUGUGCCGCUUCCUGUGUAAGGCAGGGUCGAACUCUCCGAAUGUUGUAGAGCAUGAACCUGCAGGAUCGGGUCACCGCCUUGAUGUUAGCGGAGAACGACAGGGUGUUGUCCAGGGUCACGCCAAGGCUCUUCGCACUCUGGGAGGAGGACACAACGGAGUUGUCAACCGUGAUGGCGAGAUCAUGGAACGGGCAGUCCUUCCCCGGGAGGAAGAGCAGCUCCGUCUUGCCAGGGUUCAGCUUGAGGUGGUGAUCCGUCAUCCAUACUGAUAUGUCUGCCAGACAUGCAGAGAUGCGAUUCGCCACCUGGUUAUCAGAAGGGGGAAAGGAGAAGAUUAGUUGUGUAUCGUCAGCGUAGAAAUGAUAGGAGAGGCCAUGUGAGGAUAUGACAGAGCCAAGUGACUUGGUGUAUAGGGAGAAUAGGAGAGGGCCUAGAACUGAGCCCUGGGGGACACCAGUGGUGAGAGCACGUGGUGCGGAGACAGCUUCUCGCCACGCCACUUGGUAGGAGCGACCGGUCAGGUAGGAUGCAAUCCAGGAGUGAGCCGCGCCGGAGAUGCCCAGCUCGGAGAGGGUGGAGAGGAGGAUCUGAUGGUUCACACUCCAUACCGCAUCGCGCCUGGUGGUUCACACUCCAUACCGCAUAGCCAUGCCCUGCUCCAGUGAGAGGUGGCAGGCUUUGGUGACCGUGGGCUCUGUUAGGCAGUGUUGGGUUAGCAUCUAUUAUUCACCUCUCAUUAGCCUUGCAAUCACUGAACAUGCAUAAUGUAUGUAUUAUGUGCUGUGCAGUUCUGCAAGGUUAAUACCGUUAAUGCAGACUCUGCAGUAGGAUGCAGGGAGAGAGAAGGCUAGUAUUCACUACUACUAUGCAGCAUUGGUAGUGCACCACAGAAGGCUUUGAUCUCUCUCUCUCUCUCUCUGGGACCCCUGCCCUGUCUCAUGUCUCAUCCUGGAUGUGGGAUUAAGAGGAAUCAUUGGUCCAGUCCAAUCCCAAUCCUACUUCAAUGGUUACUGGUGGUAUAGAAAUUGAUUAAUCUAUUUCAUGCACUAAUAUGGACAAUUAGGCCUAGCUAUGAGUAUUCCCUUAGCCGCAUUGGAGAGAUCCACAUGGUUGCUCUCUCGUGUCAGUGAUCAAGAUGAAUUGCAGCAGUUCAUAUUUCUAGAUGAAUGGUCUUCCCCACUACAGUCAAUAAUAUUAUCCUCCAAUCUGUUGAAACAACUCCUCCCUCUGCUCGGUGAUCAAUGCGUUUUACUGUUCCGCAGGAAAUGUAGGCUAUCCAGUUUUCAUCAUGCACUGCUGAUAAUCCUUAGCCAAACUGUUUUCCCUACGUUUCACUGUUGUUUCACUACAAUGGUGGGCACAGCGUUCAGUCUGGUUUAACCCGGUUAGGUAAUCCUAGUGCAGGGCCAGAAUGCUGCUAUAGGGCAGGGAGGCAGUUUACCCUGUACCCUGCUAGCAGUCUGUGGUCCUCCCUCCCUCUCUCUCUUUCUUUCUUGCAUAACCAUCAUCUCUCACUCACAUGUUAUGCUAAUGCAAUGCAUGCAGCUGUGAGCAUGGGCAAUCCGACGUUUGAAGUGGCCGUACAGCAUUUACUGCAAUGCAGCCGCCGCAGACGUCAGGGCUUUCAUACUUCUUGCGCUUAGCAGAGCAGAGCUGUUGUGAAGGAAGUGAGUUUGUGUUUAUACAGGAUGUACCGCCCCCCCACCUACCGUUAACCAAUCAUGUCAUUGCGGAGCUAUACGGAGCCCUCCACAAAAUUUGAGAGGCGCGUUGCGGUACGGAGUGUGAUUUGGACUCUGCAUGCCUCCGGAAUCUCCGCAAUUGUGUCACACCCUCCAUACGAAGCCUCCGACCACAUUUUCGGAUCAAGCAUAAAUUGGCUUUUAGAGCAACAUAUGAUCAUUCGAGGAAACAAGGGGAGUGUAUUUGAAUAGCAUAUAAUCAAUUCACAUUAUCUGCAAUAAUAACAACAUGGUCUCCUCAAUGUAGUGGUGGAUGGAUAUUAACAUUCGAAAUGGAACUCAUUCAUAAGCCUGUGUUUGCUCAUGCAUUCAUUGAAUGUCCAAACACUGAUCAUGCAUGUCAGCCUCACUUAUAUUCUGGUACUGACCUUGUCUAACACAUAUUAUUCAAUGGAAGUUAUCAAUUGCCACAGUCCCCAUUCUUGGCAUUCUAUCUCCUAUUUAUUUUAUAACCAACACAGUUAGUUCUCCUGGAAUGUGUCAGCAUUCAGCCAGUGUGUCUGAUUACACAGGUCGAAAUCCUUGAUUAAGUCUGUUGGAUUAAUGCUUUGUUUACUGACCCUGAAUCCUUUACUCCUGCCCUAUGAAACCUCUUAGACCCAAAUGUCAUGGUUGUUUGUGUUUGUGUUGGAUGGCGCAGAGGAGUUUGCUCAGGAGGCACAUGUCCAAGCAGUCCGUUUCCGUCAGACACUUGCAUGACGAUCUGGCAUAAGGAGCAAGUCGGAUGGCCAAGUUUGAAAUCUGUUUCCUGUCGUUGCCCCUCAGUGACCCUUGGUUUGAACUUUGAUUGAAACAAGUAACAGAUUGAAAUGUUUUGCAAGAAAUGAAGCCAAACCUUUGAUGUUAUGUGAUCUCUCACUGCUGGGCAAGUGGGCAUUGUCUAUUGUAAACUACCACCAUAGAGAUCCUGUAGGCCUAUAUUUCUUCUAUGGCCUAUAGUCUACAUUAUUUUCUAGUACAGCAGUCUUGGUCUCACACAAACACGCACAGAUCGGCCUAAUCAGUUACACAAAGACUCUAUUGUCCGUCCCAGUGGUGGUAGCCCAGGGACUCUCCUUGGCAGAACCCACUGUCCUGAUCCCCUCCAAAAUACAGCUUCCUACCAUUUCACCCUGGGUCCACCGGUCUGCUGUGGAUGACCUCAAUAGUCCCCAGCCAAGAGCCAUUCAGGGUCACAUGGUUGUUGGCCGUGAUAACGAAUCCCCAAUCCAAUCCAGCCUGUGAACAAUUAACAAUUAAACAAGUAGAGGGAGAGUGGGGAACAAUUCUGCAUUGUUUCUGAGGCACAGCACAUGGGUGACAGUCCGGACCAGUUAGGGCUGGAUCGGGGUAAAGCAUUCUGGGUAAAUAGAGGGCAUAAAUGGACCAGGCCCAUAACUGCUAGUUUUCCAGACACACGCCCUCUAGUCCAAACACCGUUCCUCACCUCACACCGCUCCACUGAGUCAUGUUGUCGAAGAAGAAGGAUGACGACAGUGGAGGUGAACCCAGUAGGAGGAAGGUAAGACACGAGGAGGAGGAGGAUGGAUUAGGUUGGGACUGACAGGCUUCGGUAGAAGAUGCAAUUCAAUCUACAGAUGUGUACAGGCGUUUAUGGAUCUUAUUGUCUUGGGCCUCAUUGCUGGUGACUUUUUCUGCUUGUUCUGCAUUUGUUUGGUUGGCAGACGCAGACUUGUGUCCGAGCACUGUAUGGUGGGUGUGUAAGGGAGAAGGAGAGAAAGAGACGUUUGAGAGUGGCCGGUUUGAGGACUGUGUAUAUACGUUUGGUCAGUGCGACUCAGUUACCAUGAAGGGCUGUAAUACCAGUGUUUAAUAUAAUACCACGUGUGGACCCCAGGAAGAGUAGCUGCUGCUUCUGCAACAGCUAAUGGGGAUCCAAAUAAAACCAAUUCCACCAGCCAUGCCUCUCCCUCUGAGUGAAGAGGAAGGAAGCCAUGAUGAGGGAACCGAGUGGAUACUUGAAAAACCUGACUCACUAUCAUGAGUAUGCAAGACCUUUGUCUCUCCCAUGACUCAGAUCCAUUUGUCUGGUUGGUGGUGUUAAAUUCAGAUUGCACAUCCACGAUUCCCUCCCACUCCCUCUCUGUCUCUCAGUAGUCAUGCCGCAGCUUCCUGUAUAGAGAGGUGAACAGACACAUCUGGUACUCUGGAUGUUCUUCAGACAUUCUGUGGGCGUAUUUCAGCGUGACUGUGUCCUGUGUCAGUGUUUGUGCGUACACACACUCAUUAGACUGUUUACGAUUUGUUUUGCACUCAGAUGAUAAGCGGAAUGUUCGCACACAUUGAAGUGUAGUCCAGGUGCUUGGAAAACGAAACCGGAUAAGAUUAAAGAAGAACUACAUGAACAGAAAAAUAACUCAACUCUUUUGGUGCUGCAAAAUCCUAUUUUUAUCUGUGAAAUCUCCCUGGGCUCAUAUUUGGAGUGAUUUGUCCAGAUUGUAUAGUGUUACAUAUUCAUUCAACAACACCGCUCUACAUCACUGAGAUUAAUAUGCUUUUUAUCACGAUCACAUAUGUUAACGCUGGCUGUUUUAUUUUUCCAUUAAGUUACUGUGUCCUUGUUGCUGGUUUUAUGGCACCAGUAAGUAAUUCACCAAUAUUACCAGCAGCAGGAUUAACGUCAUAUUCCAUCCAAACCAAAGCUGCCUCUCUGGCUCUAGCCUGUUAGUAGAAUGUAGAUCUAACGAUGUUACUGCAGAUAAAUCGUGAUGUAACCAUUUGGUUGUUCACUGUAUGUAGAGUCUAGCUGACUAGGCUCAAUUCAGACCUUAGCAAUGAACUGUUGUGCUAAAUCAAUCGCUAGCCCCUAACCCGUAGACACUUGAUGCCUCCACACCCCUAAUAGAUCUUACAGAACCUGAUGUGGAUAAAUGGUGGGAACUCUACAUAGCCUUGAGUGCUACGGUUAUCAUAUUGCUUAGGCUAUACCCAUCUGAUACUUCCUUUAAGAUGUGCAAGGGGCCAACAAGAACAAAGUAUAUCAGGGAAGGAGUUACUGCAUUUUUAGUUUUUGACUGGGUGUUGGAGGUUGGACAUUGGUGCUUGUGUGGGCAUUGUGGUCUCAUUCCUCCCUCUCUGCCAGCAGAUCCAGUUUGCGGACCAGAAACAGGAGUUCAACAAACGUCCCACCAAGAUCGGCCGCCGCUCUCUGUCCCGAUCCAUCUCCCAGUCCUCCACAGACAGCUAUGGCUCAGGUACCGAGAAUAUGCACGCGCACACACACACCUGACACACUCACAAACCCCCACACACACCCUGUGCCUAACUCUAAUCACAGCCCAGGUACAGUAUCCAGUAUCACACUGAGUCUAUUUCCAGAUAUGUAGGGAGCAGGAAUGUUCUCUGUAACGUAUAACUGGAUGAAGAGGAAGGAGACGAUACAGGCCACAGAGAGCUGCUAGUGUUCUCUCUAGUUUCUAACACUGUGUUCCAGUGAAUAAGAACUGCAGCAACACACACCAAUGUCCUUGUGAAAAUUUGAGAUAGGUUUUUUUCUUUUUCUGGCAGGCAUGCCAGUGUAAGCCGAUUUUAAGGUUGGGGGUCCAUAAAAGAGAGGGAGAGAGGAAGUCAGAGGGUGAGAGAAAGGUAGAGGAGAGGGAACAUUCCCACUAUACUAGUAGUCCUGAUCACCUGCUUUUCCCACUCCUGCUUGUUCCCAGGGCUACUAUAGGCCCCUUUCAAGAGAGGGGGAGAAAGAGAGAGGAGAGGUGACAUUACCACUGAAGCGCUGGGAAUGGCUCUGUAGUAGGAUAAGGAGGGGCCUGUCAGUCCUGCGUGUCUUAAAAAGGGCAUGUUACAACCAGUGUUGUAAACAUGUUUGUCAGGAAAGAAUUGUGAAAGACCGCAUCCCUGGUGUGACUGGCAAUCCCCUAUGUGGCCUCUCAUUCGUCCACUCGUGAAGUGAUUUUGAGAUGUCCCUCACAACCUACCUGGCUGUUCCUCAUCUUUUUGAAUGUCACGCACAGACACACUCACCGGCCGCUUCGCCCAAAUGCCUCAGAAGUCCACUCUCUCUCCUUUCUUCUUUGUCCUCUCACUGUACCUCAUUGCAUUCUGUCCCCCCCCCCUCUCUCCCUUUCUCUUUCUCCCCCACUGGCUACUCUCUCUUUCCUGAUCCCCAGCCCUGUAAUCCCCAGCCCUCAGCUCUGUGGUUGCUGUAAUUAUUCCCACAGAAAGAGUCAACUGAGUCAGUGUCCUGACUCACCCUUCUCUCUCCCUCUGUCUCUUUCUUUCCGUCUUUCUCUCUCUCCCGCUCACAUGCUCUCUGUCCCAGCCCUGGGCCUUGAGUGCGCACACACCACACACAUACACACACACACACACACACACGCUGUGGGAGAGCUGUAAUUCGGCUUAAGGUGUUCACAUGCUUCCCAUCUGAAACAGUUCGUAGAUAUAUUAUGAUAUUUUGUGCCAUUUUUGUUUGUUUUAGUCUUCAGCAAUGGUGUUUUCGGCUGUUCGUGCACACACAUCUACGCCCUUCGUCGGUGAUUGGUCAACAGUAGGCAUUCUUCAAUUAAGUGUUUGUUGUCAUUCAAUGAGAUACGACCUGUUUUCACGCACAUUGUUUCUCUUGAGAAAUACUGCAUCUAACCAAAAGAUGGAUGUAAAAUUGCAUGACUAAGAUCUCCCCGGCAAAAACUUCAAAAUGAAUGACAGAUUUCUUGAAUUAUCUUAGAUUAAUUCUGACUAUUUUGAGGAAGUGUAUACCGGCUACGGCGUCUCAAGAUGGACAAACAGUACCAUUGCCACUUUUUUCUUGUUUUUCAAGCGAAGGUCUUUUAACUGAGUAUGUGUAGCACAGAUGUUCACUUUGCCUAGCCGAGUUCUGCUAGGAUCAAACCGAACCUAGUAUGUAGACGCCCAUGCUCUGCAGGUGUAUUCUGCCCUGCCCUGGGGCUCAGUCCUUAGAUAUAGCUCAUAAUGUGAGCUAUGCAGUUGUUUUGGACAUCAGAGUAGAUUGUGGCCUAGUGUGUGGUCAGGUCACGUAUGUUGUUAGUUUAAUGUCUAUAUCCUGAGGGCAUGUUGAAUGUGCAUUAUUGUGUGUGUGUGUGUGUGUGCAGCUCGCGUGCUGCUGUUGAGUGUGUGUGUAGACGUGCUGUUGCGUGUGUGUUGUGUCCUGUCCUGUACUCUGAAUCCUCUCUUCUCUGUCCUGCUCUCUCUUUUAGCUGCGUCGUACACGGACAGCUCUGACGAUGAGACCUCUCCUCGGGACAAGCAGCAGAAGAACUCCAAGGGCAACGGAGACUUCUGCAUCAAGAACAUCAAGCAGGCCGACUUCGGACGCAGGGAGAUCGAGAUCGCUGAGCAAGGUGGGUUAGGGCUAGAGGUGUGUGUGGCAAGGUGGAAGAUGUGUGUGUGAGAGAGGGAGAGAGAGUUAGUCUCCCGAGCUAGUCUCCCGAGUGGCGCAGUGGUCUAAGGCACUGCAUCGCAGUGCUAGCUGUGCCACUAGAGAUCCUGGUUCGAAUCCAGGCUCUGUCGUAGCCGGCCGCGACCGGGAGACCCAUGGGGCGGCGCGCAAUUGGCCCAGCGUCGUCCAGGGUAGGGGAGGGAAUGGCCGGCAGGGAUGUAGCUCAGUUGAUAGAGCAUGGUGUUUGCAACGCCAGGGUUGUGGGUCCCCCACAGGGGGUAUGAAAGAAAUAAAAAAUAAUGUAUGCACUAACUAACUGUAAGUCGCUCUGGAUAAGAGCGUCUGCUAAAUGACUAAAAUGUAAAAUGAGAGAGUGUGAUUCUGUGAUGGUGUGUUCCCAGCCUGUGAGAUACACAGCAGGGGGCCACAGGCCUCUUCCACUAAGACCCAAUCAAGCACACUGUGAUGGGACACGCCAUCCUCUGCUGAAACCCAACAGGACACACAGCUGACCACUCACAGUCCUACGUGUCUGUACUGCACCACUGACCACUCACAGUCCUACGUGUCUGUACUGCAUCACUGACCACUCACAGUCCUACGUGUCUGUACUGCACCACUGACCACUCACAGUCCUACGUGUCUGUACUGCACCACUGACCACUCACAGUCCUACUUGUCUGUACUGCAUCACUGACCACUCACAGUCCUACGUGUCUGUACUGCACCACUGACCGCUCACAGUCCUACGUGUCUGUACUGCACCACUGACCGCUCACAGUCCUACGUGUCUGUACUGCACCACUGACCGCUCACAGUCCUACGUGUCUGUACUGCACCACUAACCACUCACAGCCCUACAUGUCUGUACUGCACCACUGACCACUCACUGUCCUACGUGUCUGCACUGCAUCACUGACCACUCACAGUCCUACGUGUCUGUACUGCAUCACUGACCACUCACAGUCCUACGUGUCUGUACUGCACCACUGGUUCCACAUAAUCCCAAGUGUCUAUACUGCAUAUCAUACAUAGCCUUGUCUACUACUCAACACAUAACCCCAACACUGUCUGUACAGCUGACCUCAGAUAGCCCUAACUCUGUCUGUACAGCUGACCUCAGAUAGCCCUAACUCUGUCUGUACAGCUGACCGCAGUCUGUACUGCAGGCUAAAUGACGUAAAUGUAAAUGUACAACACUUUCAAGUUUUCUAAGUCUAUAUACAGCUGACCUCAGAUAGCCCUGGCUCGGUAGGCCUUAUCACUUCUAGGCAAAACCCCGCCUUAUCUUACCUCAUUGGUCACCAUAGCAACACCCACCUGUAGUAUGCGUUCCAGCAGGUACCAAAGCUAACACCUCCUUUGGCCGCCAUUCCUUCCAGUUCUCUGUUGCAAAUGACUGGAAUGAACUGCAAAAAUCUCUGAAGCUGGAGACACUUAUCUCCCUCAUUAACUUUAAGCAUCAGUUGUCAGAGCAGCUUACCGAUCACUGCACCUGUACACAGCCCAUCUGUAAUUAGCCCACCCAACUACCUCAUCCCCAUAUUGUUAUUUAUUUUGCUCAUUUGCACCCCAGUAUCUCUAUUUGCACAUUUACAUUUUUACAUUACAUUUUAGUCAUUUAGCAGACGCUCUUAUCCAGAGCGACUUACAGUUAGUGAGUGCAUACAUUAUUUUUUUUAUUUUUCAUACUGGCCCCCCAUGGGAACAUCGUCUUCUGCACAUCUAUCACUCCAGUGUUAAUACUAAAUUGUAAUUCUUUUUCACUAUGGCCUAUUUAUUGCCUUACCUCCAUAACUUACUACAUUUGCACACACUGUAUAUAUAUUUUCUAUUGUGUUACACACAUGGCUCAAGCUCUGAAUGUCUAGGUGACAGACCAUUGACAGAGCAACAGAACCCAGAGGGGAAAGAUUCCACCAUCUGGCAGGGUUCCCAAAGCACAUUGGCCAGCUAACUUUGAUUAACCACGCUUAAGCAAGGGGAUCCAUUUUUUGAUUAUUUAUUUAUUUAUUUAGCAUUUUAAAGAUUAUACAGAGAAGGAUGCCUUUUUAAAGUAUUGGAACAGGACCAAUGGUUUUGUAGUAAUGUUGUGUCAAAAAUAACCUCUCCUCCACACAGAGAUGCCAGCCCUCAUGGCCCUGAGGAAGAGAGCCCAGGGAGAGAAGCCUCUGGCUGGAGCCAAAGUGGUGGGCUGCACCCACAUCACCGCUCAGACAGCCGUGAGUUACACACACACACACACACACACACACACACACACACGCCACCAUCCACCGCUCAGCCCAUUGUGUCUGCCGCUUCUGCUCAGAACCACAACUCACAGGCGUACUGAAUGGCACUAGUCUUAAGCCAGCUUUACACAUCUUUUAGCAGCAGCGCUAGCAAUGCUGGCUUUGCGUUGAACACAAUUGUCUCCAUUGGCUGUGUCCUAACUGAACGUCCGGUCUGUGUGUGUUGUACAGGUGUUGAUGGAGACUCUGUCUGCCCUGGGGGCUCAGUGCAGGUGGGCUGCCUGUAACAUCUACUCCACUCAGAAUGAGGUGGCAGCUGCUCUGGCUGAGGGAGGUGAGUGUCAACAGGGCUGCUUCAUUUGAGCGUCUGUGUCGUGUGGGAGCUCUUUCUCUGUCACGACCGCUGGCUCUCUCAGUGCCCAUCAAAUCAAUUAAAUGGUAUGAUAUUCAUAAGAAUAUGCUGCAGUGCCAAAUUUCUCUCUCUCUCUCAGGGUUCUCUGUGUUUGCGUGGAAGGGCGAGUCAGAGGAUGACUUCUGGUGGUGCAUCGAUCGCUGUGUCAACCUGGAGGGCUGGCAGCCUAACAUGGUACGUCCGUCUGUCACCCUCAAUCCCUCUAUCUCUCAGUAACAGACUGGCACCCAGACUUUGUUUACGGUGUAAAUGAUCCUGAUCAGUUAGAAAUACACAUUGUGUGUCCUGUUCCAGAUCUUAGAUGACGGCGGAGACCUGACCCACUGGAUCUAUAAGAAAUACCCCAACAUGUUCAAGAAGAUCAAGGGCAUCGUGGAGGAGAGCGUCACUGGAGUACACAGGUGGGUGGAUCACUACUCACCACACAACCUCAUUAUAAGUUGACUCGUUGUCUAGACUGAGAAAAACAGUAUUUUGUCAGGGGUUUGUUUUGAAGUGAGUGGCCUAUCUUCUAUGGCCAUGUCUCCAUCUAGUGGCCAAAACGGGUAGUGUCAGGUUUCACUGCUUCAUUAUGAUGCCCCUCUGUUGCUACUCUUUGUAUAGGUUGUACCAGCUGUCCAAGGCGGGGAAGCUGUGUGUCCCGGCCAUGAAUGUCAACGACUCUGUGACCAAGCAGAAGUUUGACAACCUCUACUGCUGCAGGGAGUCCAUCCUGGACGGGUAGGACAACUCUGACAUGCCCUACUCUAAGCAGAGGAGAAGAUUACUUCAUUGUCCGUUGUCACAUGUAAUUGUCUUUGGGUGCUGACGGCCAGGAGUAAUCCCAUUGUUUACGGAUGACUUAAACAUUUGUCAUGCUAACUUCCUGUGAUUUGUGUUUCUUCUCUCUCCCUCCAGUCUGAAGAGGACCACUGAUGUAAUGUUUGGGGGAAAGCAAGUGGUGGUGUGUGGAUAUGGAGAGGUAAGAGUCUGUCUUACCUACUGUAUAUUGGUGAUGGGGAAAACAAUUGGUAGUUACAUAUUAUUUGUGGACGAUAUUAUAUUGAUAUUUGACUCCGGCAAGGGUCCGAAAGACGGGACCCUACACAGGGCAAUGUCCCCAAUCGCUGCCCUGGGGCAUUGGGAUAUUUUUCUAGACCAGAGGAAAGAAUGCCUUCUACUGGCCCUCCGACACUACUUCCAGCAGCAUCUGGUCCCCCAUCCAGGGUUCGAGCAGGACCAACCCUGCUUAGCUUCAGAGGCAAGCCAGCAGUGGGAUGCAGGGUGGUAUGCUGCUGGCAAUCUAAACACCUUAUUAUAUAAAAAUGGACCACCAGAGGACACUGUUUACCAUCCAAGUCUGUAGUGUAGCCUCCAUCAGUCCUAUGCCCAUGUGUGUUUUUAUUUGUGCAUCCAUAGGUGGGGAAGGGUUGCUGUGCUGCUCUCAAGGCCAUGGGCUCCAUCGUGUACGUCACAGAGAUCGACCCUAUCUGUGCCUUGCAGGCCUGGUAAGUUCAACCAAUCAGAGCCUGGUACAUGAACGAAUCGGCCAAAGGCAGCAGGGUGAACAAGGAAGUAACGCGUUUGUUUCCCGUCCCUGUUCAGCAUGGAUGGCUUCAGACUGGUGAAGCUGAAUGAAGUCAUCAGACAAGUGGACAUUGUCAUCACCUGCACAGGUGAACAACUCUCCCUUGUCCCCUCGGUCAGCACUAGAUGGCCACAUUAGAACAGAUAAGUGGCAACAGUGUCAGAACUAACAACCAGGUGCAAGUACAUGAGCUGUUUCGCGUUUAAGUCAGGGUUAGGGUUUAGAUUUUUGGGGGUAAAAUCACAUUUGUAACCACUAAACCACUAUACUCCCAUCGUUUCCAACAUGGGCAUAGCAACAACAACCAUCUUCUCCCUACGGCUUUACUGCUUGACUGAUUCAGCCUGCACCACUCUAUUCACACACAAACACACCCACUCUCUCCCAGCAGCCUAGAGGGUGACCAGGUAGUAGGCAGUAGGGUAUAGACCAGUGGUCACCAACCGGUCGAUCGCGAUCUCCAAGGCAUUCCUAGUCACCAAACAUUUCUGUAAAAAAACAACGAUAAAUCCUUGCGUUCCUAUUUUUCAUUUCGAGCUGUUGGCGGUAGGUGCACUUGAUUCAGCAGCCCUAGCGCCGGGAAGGCAAAAGUGUUCCCAUUCUGAACCAUUUCAUGUGUCUGAAGGUAGAACUCUGCCUACCCGGCAGGCCCAGAUAUCAAAUCAAGUGCACCGAUAGGCCUUCCGUUGGCCAAUCAGAUAGCUCAGAUCACCGUGUCUGCACAGUUUCCUCGAGCCAUAGACUGUAAAAAGAAGCCUCUAACGCACAGCAAAGUUGAUACUGUGAGAUUUCAAAACUUUUAAAACAUGACUAGAGAGAGACUCAACGAAUACAGCAAAGAGCUGUAUGUUUAAAUUGUUAUUCAGCACUGUCAACACUUUUAUAAUCCAUAAAAUGCGCAUCCUCCCUACUUCCACUCACGCUACAACCGGCACUGCAGCUGCAAUGAAUGAGUAGGCUAUAGCAAAGUGUUUCGAUAAGCUUGCGUUGUUAUUAUUAGCAGCUUGGGACUUUUUUAAUAUCGAGGAAUAUUUCACUUUCUCGGGUCAUAGGAGUAACAACAUGAAUUGGUGCAUGAGGCAGAAAUAAUGCAGUGCUACUUGAGUUUCAGCUGGAAGACUGUGUCCCCUUUUCUCAGAGGAGGGAGGGAGAGAGAUAGAGGGACAGUGAGUCAGGUGGGAGACAGCCUCACCGCUGCUCCUUCCCUCCCCUCAGACUGACCAUCAGAUGCAGGCCAUCAGUCCAGUAAAAAAAAAAGCUAAUUAUUAUGCUCACUCAGCUGUGCCUCACAAGUAAUACAACAAAUGAUCUAUUACCAGUGUGAUCAUGUACCUAAACAUUUUAAAUAUCAUUUCAAAAUGGUCUAAGAACAACAUUGGCAGGGCAAUUCAAGUAUAGCCAAUAUGCAGUGAUAAUGCGUAAGCUUACAUUUUAAAGUUAUGUAAAAAAAAAAAAAAAUCGGCUUGCAUUUUUGACUCAGAAAGUGAUCUUGACUCAGAAAGGGUUGGUGACCACUGGUAGAGACAUUUACAGAAGUCAUCUCAAGCACUACGACCUAGCAGCCAGUCAGUCAGUGUUCCACAUUGAUUCAAUCAGAGUGAAGGGUUAAUUGCGACAGACUGCAUACCUCCCUAGUUAAUUAAGCCUAUUGACCAGCUGCAGUCAUCCACGUUAAUUGAAAAAGGAUAGACAACCUUAAUCCCUCAUGCGAAUGUGUAUGAGUGCACAUGCAAGUAAACACACUAAGACUUACUUUGAGGCACGCGAUGCAAUUUAGACACAUUAUUCAUACAGUAGGUGGAUGUAGAGAGCUAUGGUGCAUUUUGAGUAGAUUUUUUAAUUUUUAUCUAGUGCAGGAGAUUUAUUCCAAGCAUAAUUUGUGUCGCAUAUACAGCAACAUAAUUCCUUUUGAAGUGAUAUCAACAGCAACAUUGAGCAUAUAUCUGCCUUAUUGGUAGUAUUCGCCUUUCUCCUCUGCCCACUUAUGCAUUUCUCUGACAUUUCAGUGUACAGUAGUGAACAUGAUGAUUGUGAGAGGGUAAUAUUGAUGGUAUGUUUAUGAUGUUCCCUCUACUCCAGGAAAUAAGAACGUGGUGUUGAGAGAAUACUUGGACCGUAUGAAGAACGGCUGUAUCGUCUGUAACAUGGGACACUCAAACACCGAGAUUGAUGUGGUGAGUAAAGUGUGUGUGUGUGCAUAUUGGUGGGAGGUGGGGGGUGGGGGGUUGUAUGUACGUGUGGGUGUGUUAUUGUGACUGUCUGUGACAGCUUAACUGAUCGUGUGGGUGGAAACACGGCUGUCACCAAUGCUUGUCACGUUAUUGUCACUGUGGGGGAAGCUGUGAUAUGACAACGUCCCUGACCUGACGUUGUCAUAGUUACGGGUUGGCUCACUGUUGCCUAUGCCUGUCACUUCUUAUCACUCUUACGGUGACAUCCUCAGGGUCAUAGGGAAACCAUUUUCAUAGUGACUGUUGUCAUCAGGGCCUGAAACUAACUUUUGCGCCAGAUACAGUACCAGUCAAAAUAUUGGACACACCUGCUCAUUCAAGGGUUUUUCAUUAUUGUUACUAUUUUCUACAUUGUAGAAUAAUAGUGAAGACAUCAACACUAUGAAAUAACCCAUGUGGAAUCAUGUAGUAUCCAAAAAAGUGUUAAACAAAUCAAAAUAUAUUUUAUAUUUGAGAUUCUUCAAAUAGCCACCCUUUGCCUUGAUGACAGCUUUGCACACUUUUGGCGUUCUCUCAACUAGCUUCAUGAGGUAGUCACCUGGAAUGCAUUUCAAUUAACAGGUGUGCCUUGUUAAUUUGUGGAAUUUCUUUCCUUCUUAAUGUGUUUGAGCCAAUCAGUUGUGUUGUGACAAGGUAGGGGGGUAUACAGAAGAUAGCCCUAUUUGGUAAAAGACCAAGUCCAUAUUAUGGCAAAAACAGCUCAAAUAAGCAAAGAGAAACGACAGUCCAUCAUUACUUUAAGACAUGAAGGUCAGUCAAUACGUAACAUUUCAAGAACUUUGAAAGUUUCUUCAAGUGCAGUCGCAAAAACCAUCAAGCGCUAUGAUGAAACGGGCUCUCAUGAGGACCGCCACAGGAAUGGAAGACCCAUAUUUACCUCUGCUGCAAAGGAUAAGUUCAUUAGAGUUACCAGCCUCAGAAAUUGCAGCCCAAAUAAAUGCUUCAGAGUUCAAGUCACAGACACAUCUCAACAUCAACUGUUCAGAGGGGAAUGUGUGAAUCAGGCCUUCAUGGUCAAAUUGCUGCAAAGAAACCACUACUAAAGGACACCAAUAAGAAGAAGAAGAGACCUGCUUGGGCCAAGAAACACGAGCAAUGGACAUUAGACCGGUGGACAUUUGUCCUUUGGUCUGGAGUCCAAAUUUGAGAUUUUUGGUUACUACAUGAUUCCAUAUGUGUUAUUUCAUAGUUUUGAUGUCUUCACUAUUAUUCUACAAUGUAGAAAAUAGUUUUUAAAAAAUAAAGAAAAACCCUUGAAUGAGUAGGUGUGUCCAAACUUUUGACUGAUACUGUAGAUUUCAAAAAUCUACCAGCCACUCUGAUUUUUUUACCAGCCAAAAUAUUUUGGGCCCAUAAUAAUAAAAUAAAAACAUAUGAGCAUGCUUUGUAAUGUUUUUAAAACAAUAAAUGUAUUACUAGUUAGAGGUGAUGUGGUAUAUUGCUGAAUGUUAUUUCAUUUUUUUGUGACCUGAGUUUUUUUACCAAAAUAUCACAGAUGAGAUCAAAAAUUUUCAGCUGCCUCUUGAAGGGCGGGAGGUUACCGUGGUAACAAGAGCACUGAGCUGCUGGAGUCGCCUGCUCUCCUCAGUGACAGUGUGCCUGUGAUAUAGAGAAUCUGACUAGUAGCCAAUGUCUUUGCUAGCACUGAAAUAUUGAACAACACCCUAGCUUGUGAACAAAACAAUGUAAAUAGCCAAGAAACAAAAGGACAAAUUCUCAUUUUAGACUUUCAAGUAAAUUAGACCAGCUUUUAUGCUUGUGCGCACCGGUUCUAAAAUUAGUCUUCAACACAGUGCACACAGCUCCCCAGCCAGGCAGUGUUGCUGCGCGUUGCGUGAUAUUAUUGUAGGAUUCGUAGUUCUUUGUGUGAUUAGCUACCAGCUAUGAAACAAAAUGACAAACACUUUGAGAACAGCUACUGCAGAAUUUAUUUAGCUAUAAAUGAGCUCAUACUUGAUUUCUAACUAAAUUUGAUUUGCAAAUGGGAGUGAAAUACCAACGUGGCUGGUGAAAUGGACAUCUUACCCACCAAUGCCAAAAUCUACCCGCAGGUGUCAAUUUUAGGCCCUGGUUGUCAUAGUGAAACUGCUCUCAUGGUAACUGCUUCCUGUCCGUUUGUUGUCCUCUCCUCCAGGCGAGCCUGCGGACCCCGGAGCUGACCUGGGAGAGAGUGAGGUCACAGGUGGACCACGUCAUCUGGCCUGACGGCAAGAGGAUAGUGCUGCUGGCUGAGGUUAUCUAUCUAUCAUCAUCAUCGUCACGUUAAUAACAGCCUGUCCAUGACGGUAGUGCCUCAAUCACUGCUCAGUCACAAGGGUCAAUGAUCCGAUCUAUAAAUCCUCUCGACUUCCAGAUAACUGGGCGUGAAUAGCUCCAAAUGAGCCAUAUGUAAUUGUGCAACAACCCCUAUCGGGGGCUGAGCCUGGUAAACUAGCAGUGCGUCUACACCACACUCCCUCUCUCAUAGCAGAGUCUCUCUCUCUCUCUCUCUCUCUCUCUCUCUCUCUCUCUCUCUCUCUCUCUCUCUCUCUCCUCUCUCUCUCUCUCUCUCUCUCUCUCUCUCUCUCUCUCUCUCUCUGUCUCUGUCUCUGUCUCUGUCUCUGUCUCUGUCUCUGUCUCUGUGUGUGUGUACGCAGCAAUCUCUGACAGAAUGAAACCACCGUGAGAGAGAGCCAGGUAGAAUGACGGGCAGGCCAGGUGCUUCAGUGCGUCUGCUGUUUUGAUCUCCUCCAGGCUUUAAUCAGAGAAUAGAAUCCCCCUCUGCUGUUUGUUUGCCACUGUCUUCUCUCUUCUUGACUCUAUUCUCUCCAUCUUCACUCCUGGACUCUCUCGCUUCUCCUCUACUGUCUUUAAUCUGAGAGGCUUUUUCAAAGAGAAAUGGCUUUGUUAGCUUGGUUCUCCGGAGCUCAUCUGUGGUCGGUGUUCUGUUCUCCUGACUCACUCCCCCCUCUACAGAACAGGGAAGUGUGGGCUGCCUCAGUUCCACCAGGCAGUGUGUGCAUACUGCAUAAAGUAACAGUACUGUUACUGCUACUCGCAGGGAAUUGAAACUAAAGCACCACCAAAGCUUCAUUUCUACAUACUAACACAACAUGUUGCAGCUCUCUGGGGGGAAAAAGAACAUUAUUGCAGGCAUUCUGUGUCACUUAGGAGUGUAUGAUAGCGGUAGUAAAUGUAGAUCAGUUCCUCCUCCUUUGUGAAUGCUGCCUCAUUAGCAGUCUCAGCUCAGUAACAGUCCCAUUUUCUCUCUCUGUUUACACCAUAUCUCUCUGAGACAACAGGCAACUCUUCUGUUAUUCUGAUCUUGGACUCAGCAACACUGUUUUUGACAUUUGACGAUGUCGAUGUCACCCCCCCCACACGCACACGCACACGCUCACUGUAUCUUAUCAUUGAGAUGGAGGUGAAGGCAGUUUUCUCUGAUUCUGUGUGCUGUUAACUGGUUGUUAACCCAAUGUGUGUCUCUAUCUGUCCUCAGGGUCGUCUUCUGAACCUGAGCUGCUCUACAGUCCCCACCUUUGUCCUGUCCAUCACCGCCACCACCCAGGUACCGUGUGUGUGUGCGUUUUGUGAUUUGUGUGUAGGGUGGAUCAGCGUCGGUGUGUGUGCUCCACUUCGUACAGUAAUCGUAGCGAUUAGGGUCCUGUCAUUGCUCUGCCGCUGACCCCAGGCCAGGCCGUGUGCGUCAUGAGAGCGACCUUGGCGUUGCCAUGGUAACCGAUGUGUUUGAUUGACAUCUGGGUCUUGUCUCAUACCUCAGGCGCUGGCUCUGAUAGAGCUGUAUAAUGCCCCAGAGGGACGUUACAAACAGGAUGUCUACCUGCUGCCCAAGAAGAUGGGUAAGAGACCGUGCUCUAUGUCCACAGACAUACUCCUUCAUCCAUCCUCUGUACUCAACCAUCCGGCUCACACACACACGCUCCCUCAUCCUUAUCCUCUCAGGCCUCAGCCGAGGCAUCCAGUAGUGACCUGACAGCACCCGUCCCCCUGUCUGAACCUCUGACAAAACCCUUUUAGGAGAAAACAUUGAGUUGAAAGGGAAUCAGCCAGAAUGCACAACAAAGACUCAACUCAGCAAAGAGAAGCUAUAGAUAUACAGGAUAGGGAAAGGGAAGGCUAGCAUGACCUUAAAGAUAUUUCGAAGCAGCUCUGUACUAACUCAUCCCCUGCAGCCAUGUCUUGGAUUGGGUUAUUUAUGUUCUACGUCAUGAUCCAAACCAAACACUGGGUGUUAGUAUAUCAGGGUGUGUUUGCGGCGUUUGGUCUUUUUUUCUAUUCAUUUACAGUCAUUGCACUGUCUGGGAAAUAUAUAAUUCAUAGUAGAAUGCAUCCUAUUUAGAGAGGAGUGUGUGUGUCUGGGUGUAUGCGUGCUUUGUGUGUGUGUGUGUGUGUGUGUGUGUGUGUGUGUGUGUGUGCUUCGUUCAUAGUAGAAUACAUCUCAUGGAGAGCCUGAGUGUGCAUGUGUUGGUGUGUGUUUGCAGCUGGCAGCGUAGCCGGGUCUCUGCCCCCCCCCCCCCGUAUAGAGUAAAAGCAGGGAGGACGAGAUGGACUGGCAGAGAGGCUCAAUAUAGGUCAGUCUGUCAGAGCCUGCUGCUAAGCUCACUGCACCAUCAUUGACAGGGAGAGAUCGAGACGAGAGAAGCAGCCCUAGUGUGCUCAGCUAACCCCUCACAAACAAAUAAAUUAAUAAAUAACCGACAGCCCUGUGUCCCUGCUAGCUAGAGUAACUUGGCUCUCUCCUCUCACUCUCUCUUUCUGUCUCUCACUCUCAUCCAUUUUUCUCUCGCUCGCUCUGUCCCUCCCACCCCCCACUCCCUCCAUCUUUUCUCUCUCCCUCUGUAUUAUUCCAGAUGAGUAUGUGGCCAGCCUUCACCUCCCUACGUUCGAUGCCCACCUCACAGAGCUGAGUGAUGAGCAGGCCAAGUACCUGGGCUUGAACAAGAACGGGCCCUUCAAGCCAAACUACUACAGGUAAAUAUUAAUGCCCUGAAGGCUUAGAUUGCUUGCUAAUAUUGUAUGUCAUAUAUUUAAUGUGACAUACACUGAGUAUACCAAACAUUAGGAAGACCCCCCCCCCCCCCCCCCGUCCCCCGUCCCCCCCGUCCCGUCAGGGCAUGGACUCUACAAGGUAUUGAAAGUGUUCCACAGGGAUGCUGGCCCAUGUUGACUCCAAUGCUUCCCACAGUUCUGUCAAAUUGGCUGGAUGUCCUUUGGGUGGUGGACCAUUCUUGAUACACACGGGAAACUGUUGAGCGUGAAAAACCCAGCAGCGUUGCAGUUCUUGACACAAACCAAUGCACCUGGCACCUACUACCAUUCCCCGUUCAAAGGCACUGAAAUAUUUUUUGUCUUGCCCAUUCACCCUCUGAAUGGCACACAUAUACAAUCCAUGUCUCAAGGCUUAAAAAUCCUUCUUUAACCUGUCUCCUCCCCUUCAUCUACACCAGCGUUCUUCAAUUCCGGUCCUGGAGGGCCGAAACACUUCUGUUUUGUAUUUCUACCUGGUAGUUAAUUGCACUCAACUAGUGUCCCAUGUCUGAAUUAGCCCCUGAUUAGAAGGAGAGGAUGAAAAAUAGAGGUGUUUUUGGCCCUCCCAGGACCGGAAUUGAAGAACCCUGAUCUACACUGAUUGAGGUGGAUUUAACAGGUGACAUCAAUAAGGGAUCAUAGCUUUCACCCGGUCAGUCUGUCAUGUAAAGAGCAGGUGUUCUUAAUGUUUUGUGUACUCAGUGUAUAUGUUUCGUGGUGUUACGUUAUACAGUGUAUCAGCGUUAUAAUGAGAAAUAAGACGGCUAUGCAGGUAGAGAGAUAUCCACAGUGCAAGAUUGUUCCAUUCUUCCCAUGUUACAUAACAGUAACUGUAACGACAUGAUUUGACAUUCGUUUUUUCUCCCCAAGGUAUUAAACCAACUCUGAAAUGAAGAAAAUACAGAGGCUCCAUAAAUCGUACAGAACCCAGAAGAAAGGAGAGAGGAGGACGGAAUAGUCGCAUACCUGCUUUUUACAGGAGAGGGGAGGAGCUCUGUGCUAAUUGCUCAGAGUGGAAGGCGUGGCUUUACCUGCGCUUUGGCAGUGUUUAUUUAUUUACGCUAGAAUAACGUAACUCUAACCUUUUUGAGCUGCUCCUGCCAUUUUGCGCUCCUUAGCAAGCGUCUCCUGGAGAUUCCACCAUUUCAUCGUCUUCUCUUAGCUACUUGUUUGUCUGUCAGUCAGUCGUACGUAAAAACUCCAUUACGAGAUAUUUUUAUUGUUCGUUUAAAAAACUAUUGAUGAAGAAAAAACAAACAAACUGAAAUGUACAAAAAAUCUCUGUGAAUGAAAGAUGACCUCUGAAGAUUUAGUGAUGGACGUGUGGUUCAUGUCCUAUUGUCUUUAUGUUCUACUCUUGAUUUCUGUUUUGUUUUCAAAUAUAAAUUGAAAGGGAUUCGAUGAAAAGGUGUGAGGGGGAGGUCACUGGGUCCAAUCAUAUCCUGUCUUUUAUUUGAUAAUGUGAUUCAGAUGUAUUCUUUGUCUUGUUUUUAAGUAUGUUUUAAUGCGUUGGUUCUCCUAUUCCCUCAAUUGAACUGGACAGUGACUGGCGUGGGGGCGGGGUCUUUCCCUGUGAUUGGUUGGGACCCCUCUCCCACCUGUCACUCAAAUACAGUGACUCCAUCUCAGCUGCCUGUACCACAGCCUCUGUUGCUCAGCUCCCAAACUGCUCACAUAAUGAUGAUGGUGUUGAAGUUAUAUGAAAAGUAUUCCACCAACCAGAGUUUAUGACAUCCAUCCAUGAUGUCCGGAGCUAGAUUCUCCUAUCAAAGCAUUAUACUGUAUUAUAAACUGGGUAGUUCAAGCCCUGAAUGCUGAUUGGCUGAAAGCUGUGGUAUAUCAGACCGUACACCACCAUGACAAAACAUUUAUUUUU